AAAACGAUUCUGUCGUAAAUUCAAUGGAAAUUCCUACGAGUCCUAAAAUUCAAUUACAUAAUACUUCAGGUGAAAAAUCUGCAAGAAUGGAUUCAAAACUAUCUUCAAUCUCUAUAAGGACAUCUCCAAAAUCACCAGUGAAACACGAAACGAAAAAUUCUGCUGAUAUUGAUUUCAAUGAUAAAGUAAAAAUGUCAUCCACACUUCAGUGGGACGAAGCAAUAGAUAAAUUAGUUACUAAUUAUUCCAGAGGAAAUUUACUUCAUAUUGAAAUCGACUUGAGUCAAUAUACCACUGAAGAAAUAACUGUGGACAUAGUAAACGAACAUUUAAUGGUAAAUGCAAAAGUAAGUAAAGAACUUGAUGAAAGAACUAUUAUAAAGCAAUUUCGGUAUAGUUUACGUCUUCCAAAAGGAACAGAAUCCAAACAUAUAUCACGUUAUGUAACCUUAGGAGGUAUUCUUAUUAUCAAAGGAGUUCUUCCAAAUGCUUACGAAAAUUAG